UCUGCAGAUUCUUCUCAUUUAGAUGUCCAGCCACGGCGGUUCACGAGCAGAACAAAUGAGGGGAAAGAAGGGAGUGCGUUGAGGACUCCGAUAGGAUCAUUGGAUUCGUUCCUGAGCGGUGAUUGGAUAAAAGCCGCUGCCUAUCAGAAUGCCGAGCUGUCUUUUUUUUUUUCCCUCCCCCAUUGCCUCUCCCCCAGGAGCAGACCGUCGGUCUGUUAUUAAGGAAGCUAGUGAGACAGCAGUUCUGAAGGAAAAAAAGCAGACAAAAAGAGGAUGGAUUGGAUGAAAUUACGUUCAUAUUCCGGGAAGAGACAAAUGCAAAAGAAAACACAUUGUGCUUCUCCGUUGCCUGCUAAAACAGCAUCUGUUGCAAUGGUCAGAAUGAAGAGUAAAGCCAAAACAUCUCAGGAGCACCCAAAUCUGCUUUCUAAGUUUAGCUGUGAUCCUCAGGUGAAAAGUACUGUUGGUAAAAAAAAAGGGAAAAUGAAAAGCACUGUAACAAAAGCAUUACCAAAAAUUCAAGAAUACUCUGAAGUGACUCAGAAAGUUUGUCCUUCAUCUGAAGAAAGAAUUGAAUUAAAUUGCAGUGAAUAUAGAAGUAUGGAGGUAACCAACGAUAUCAAUGACAUGGAAACAACUCCUUUAAAGGAUUCCUUGCAUUUAGCCUCUGCAAGUACACAAAGCCUGAGAUACAGUGAAGCUACUUCAGGAAUGACAUUACCAACAGGAGUUUCAGACUUUUUGCUGGAUUGUUUGGAUAUGGAGACCACUCUGGACUGUAGUUAUACCAAGACUAUUGAUUCUACAAGUAGUUAUUCAUCACCUGAAAUAUUCAGGGAUGAAACUGGCUUAGAAGACACUGCUAGUCCUGAAACACACCUUGCGUGCAAAAAUUCAACUCUCUUGGAUACCAGCAAAGCCAUCAACAUAGACAAGAUGUCACAACUGCCAGACCUUUCUAAAAUACUCGGUACCCCUUUAGGAAUCCAAGGCCAAUACAUUGCCAGCAGAAAACAAUCCAGGCAGAAACUGCCUUCUGAACCCACAAAUACUUCAGCUGUGGUAGCAGGGAAACAAGUGUGUAAAAUUUUGUCUGCAAAUGAAAAAAGACUUAAAUCACAGCCUUCUGGGGUUUCAUUAUUGCUUCCAGAACGAAAAAAGAAGAUUGAGGAUCAGCAAUCCGUCAAAAGGAAAUGUAGAAAAAAAAUAACAUUCGAAAAUGUAUGUUCUAUAUCCUCUCCUCAUGUACUGCCUUCCUAUGGAAAAAACAGCUCCAAGGAAAUGUGUGGGAUUGUAGCAUCCAAACCACCCAAUGCUGACAAGUUAGACUUAUUGUCCACACAUGAAGCCUCAGUCCAGGACAACUGUUUGGCAUAUAAAGAGUGUCCAAAUGUGAAUUCAGAAGCAAUUGUUCCUCUUUCUCCCCAAAGGACCAUUUAUCAGUAUUUACGUAGCCCACCAGAAAUCUGCUCUAUUAUUCAAGCUUCACCAGGAUUUAGACCACUGAAAGUACUCCAACAUCCAACAAAUAGAAAAGAAGGGUUUCUCCCACCAGAGGCAACUGAAGAUAUUAUUACAAGCUCAAAAACCUGGACCUGUGGUAAUGGUAGCUGAACAUUUCAGUUGUUGUUUCACCAAAGCAGGAAGAAACUAAGCAGAGUAUCUGUGAGAUCCUGCUACAGUAUCUAUUAUAAACAGCAGGUAUAAUUAGUAAAAUUCAUGGGCAUUAAGUUCUAUUGGAAUAAAUUAUAUUAAUACUCUCUUCAUAUCUUACAUAUUCCUAGAGUUAUAUCUAAUUUCCAGUAUUUAUCUACAACACUUGUUACAUGCUUCUGAAUUUCAUACUUAUUGAACAAUAUGUAAAACGGUUACCUAGGAAGGAGAUUGUUGGAUUUGCAUAUGGGAACUUAUUAUUUCUGUAUUGAAAAUUACUUUGGUUUACUUCUUACAGUUUUCUUAAGGACAAUGUAAAACAUUUACUUAGUUGAAUCAUUAAAAAAAGGAAAAAUUGUAAAUUGAGAAAAUGGAAGGCAGCACAUAAUUAAAGAAAAUAUCUGGCUUUUGUACAUUUGAAACCUGAUGAUAGUUUUAAAGAAAAUAAUGGGGGAAAAUAUACUUCAGGAUACAUGUAUUUUGAUAGGUAAAAGCUGAUUAUAAAAUGGCAUAAGUUUAGUGUUCAUGUUUUGAAUUAUAUUUUUGAAACUAUU